AUGGCCAUCCGGGUCGAUGUGGUCCUCCUAAGUGGCCAAACGGCAUCCAUCACCAUGCAACCGGAUGAUAUCAUAAACGAUGUGAAGCUUGCAGCCCAAGCGAAGAUGCAGGUUGGUUUGCAUGCCUUGUUUGGCCAAAGCGGUGAGCUUCUGGAGGAUUGGUGGUGCGCGAAGCGCUCGUGCCUGCGGGAUGGCGACAUGGUCAACGCCAGCGUGAGGCGCCCCACGCUCGCGUCAAGCAAGAAAAACCCUGCCUUCGCCCUUAUCCGCACGGAUGGCUCUGUGGAAACAUGGGGUGAAGCAGAAGCCGGGGGCAACAGCGACAGUGCUGAAGAAAAGCUGCAAGACGUGCGCAGAAUCUGUGCAUCGUCUGGUGCCUUUGCUGCCGUUCUCUCUGACGGCCGUGUGGUGACUUGGGGGGCCUUCUUCUGUGGCGGGCACUGCAGCGCAGCAGUGCAGCGCCAACUCACUGAGGUUCGUGACUUGCAAGCUUCCUAUCGCGCCUUCGCAGCCCUCAGGGAAGACGGAAGCGUAGUAACUUGGGGAGAUGUGGCCUUCGGGGGAGAUAGCAGCGACGUGGAAGAUCAACUCAGGGGAGUGCACCAAAUCCGAUCAGCACGGCGAGCCUUUGCAGCCAUCCGUGCGGAUGGCAGCGUCGUGACCUGGGGCGAUCCGGACACCGGUGGCGACUCAACGGAGGUGCAGGACCAGCUCCGAAACGUUCGGCACCUUUGCGCCACAGAGCAUGCCUUCGCGGCGCUUCGGGCAGAUGGGACGGUCGUGUCAUGGGGUAAGGCGAUGUAUGGAGGGGACAGCAGCCAAGUCCAGGGCCAGCUGAGGCACGUACAGCAGCUGGCGGCCUCCUACCGCGCCUUUGCCGCAGUCUUGGCCGACGGCCGUGUGGUGACCUGGGGCGAUCCCAACUCGGGGGGGUAUAGCGGGGAUGUCUGCGAGAAGCUCCAGAAGGUGCACCGUAUUGAGGCCACCGCCGGUGCCUUCGCAGCCAUCCGGGCAGAUGGGCGGGUGAUCACCUGGGGAAGUCCAGAUUUGGGUGGCAACAGUGUUGCGGUCCAGGAGGAUCUUGAGGGUGUCUACCGGAUCGAUGCCGCCGAAUCGGCUUUCGCCGCCACCUGCCUGGACGGACAUGUCGUGACCUGGGGCAACCCAGAGCACGGGGGAGACUGCCGCAGUGUCCAGAACCAGCUCCUCGAUGUGCGCCAAGUCCGCGGUUCCCGCUCGGGCUUCGCGGCCCUCCUGGCAGAUGACAGCGUCGUGAAAUGGGGGGCCGGCCAUGACUGA